UGUGUGUGUGUGUGUGUGUGUGUGCACUGGUUUCCAUGUUUUAUGGGGACAAAAAUCUGUAUACACAGUCACGUCAUGGGGACCAGUUGCGGUAUGGGGACCAAAAAGCUGGUCCCCAUGAGUCAAACUGUAAAAUUCGAUAAAGCAGGUGGUCUAUAUGUGCCUGUGAAAUUUUUAGCCUUGGCCCAAAAAGCAUGAUUUUUGAUCAACGUAUGUGUGUAGACAAUGCUCAGUAGCCCCCCCUACAUAGUUUUCACUGCUAUGGCACUCACUGCGACUGCACUGCUCUACACACACAUUUACAUAAUCCCACCCACUUCCUGGUCCCCACAUGUAAGGAUUUUUACAUCAAUGGAUCAGAACAGGCAGAAAGUCAUCUUUAAUUAGAAUCAUCAGAAGACACUAGAAAGAGCUAGUCAACAUGCCAGCAGAAGAAGAUGAAGUAAAUGUAACACAAAAAAUGCUAAUUUGUUUGCAUGAACAAAUAAGUUUUCUAUUAUGUAUUAUCUAGUUAUAUAUUUCAUUGCAUUCACUGCUUCACACACAUAUUUGCAUAAUCCCGCCCACUCCCUUGUCCCCAAUAUGUGGUGAUUUUUACAACGAUGGAGUCAAACAGGUAGAAAGCAAUCUUCAAUUAGACUCAUCAGAAGACGCUAGCAAGAGCUAGUAAACAUGCCAGCCAAAGAAGCAAAAAUAAAACCUAAGUUUGAAAUGCCAAAAAGGGUCAGCCCCCUUCAGGAUGCCAUUUGUCAUGUUACCUCAAAGACUGACAAGACAGACAAAUUGUGCAUCAAGUACAUUGAUGCAGUUAAAGGACGUGGUGUUUUUGCAAAAGCUGCAAUCAGCAGAGGUCAAUUUGUUGCAGAAUAUAGGGGUGAUCUGAUAAAUGAUUCAGAAUAUCAGUGCAGAAGAAGAGUUUACCACCCAUCAUGUGCUGCAUUUAUGUUUGCAUUUAAGUGGAGAGGAAAAACAUGGUGGUAAGGCUUAAAUUAUAUUCUGAACAGAAUUACACAAAUUAGAAUACCCUGAAAGGUAUUAUCAUCUGAUUAUUUUCUUUUCCUCAUCUUUUUUCAAA